CUCCUCCUCCUCCUCCUGCUCUCUCUCUCAUCUUGGUAUUUGUAUUUGCAGAGAAUACAAACUCCUCGUCGGUCGUCCUCAAUUCGCGACCACCCCUCAAUUUCACAACACACACGUAUUCUGAUGAAAUUCUUACAGAUCCAUGGACGACGCUCAUGAUCUCUUUCUAUUGCUACAUUCACAAAAGCUCUUCUUCUCUCUCUGCUUCCUCCUCCAUUCCUAUCUUUCUCUUAACCCUAACAGAUCCAAUGCUGCUGUAGCUUAAACUCUCUAUUUUCCAUAGUUUUGAGCUAUCUAAAUUUUUCAGUUUUUAGGCCUUAUAGUACGAAAUUCAGUCGAAUUCAAUGCCGGCAACGAAUGACUCGGGCCGAUUGUUCACGAUCGUGCUCGUCACAUCAUGGUACUCCUCAAACAUUGGGGUUUUAUUGCUGAACAAGUACUUACUCAGCAACUACGGAUUCAAAUACCCGAUAUUCCUCACCAUGUGCCACAUGACCGCGUGUUCUUUGUUAAGCUAUAUCGCCAUUGCGUGGAUGAAGAUGGUUCCUAUGCAGACUAUCCGAUCCCGAGUCCAAUUCAUGAAGAUCUCUGCACUAAGUUUCGUGUUCUGUGCCUCGGUGGUAAGUGGGAAUAUAUCGUUAAGGUAUUUGCCAGUUUCCUUCAAUCAAGCGAUCGGGGCCACAACGCCAUUUUUCACGGCGGUUUUUGCGUAUUUGAUUACGUUGAGGAGGGAGGCUUGGCUCACUUAUAUCACUCUCAUUCCUGUUGUUACUGGGGUUAUCAUUGCCAGCGGGGGUGAACCAAGUUUCCAUCUAUUUGGAUUUAUAAUGUGUAUUGGUGCUACAGCUGCAAGAGCACUCAAAUCAGUGCUUCAGGGGAUUUUGCUUUCUUCUGAAGGGGAAAAGCUAAAUUCUAUGAAUCUUCUCUUGUACAUGGCUCCUAUAGCUGUUCUGCUUCUACUUCCUGCAACACUAUUUAUGGAAGAAAAUGUAAUUGGUAUCACAAUAGCACUAUCCAGGGAUGAUAUCAAGAUCGUCUGGUAUCUGCUAUUCAAUUCUGCACUUGCAUAUUUUGUGAAUUUGACCAAUUUCUUGGUCACAAAACACACCAGUGCUCUUACUCUCCAGGUCCUGGGAAAUGCAAAAGGAGCUGUUGCUGUGGUGGUCUCAAUAUUGAUAUUUAGAAAUCCCGUCUCAGUUACUGGGAUGCUUGGCUAUACCCUUACAGUCAUUGGGGUUAUCCUCUAUAGUGAAGCCAAGAAGCGUAGUAAAUGA